AUGAAACUGAUAGCUACUAUUAUUUUAGACGGUGCAGAGAUUGAAAUUGAAAAUUACAAACUCAAGACGGAAGGUUUGAGGCCAGACAUUCUUCAUCAAUGUCUGAUAACUCUCCUCGACACACCCCUAUCGAAGCAUGGAAAAUUACGUGUAUUUUUUAGGACAAUUUCGAACCAGCUCUUUUAUAUAAGUCGAAAAUGCAGGAUUCCAAGAGCGUCUAACGAAUUCAAUCUAUUCAUAACAGAACUAGUCACCAAAUUCAAAAUACGCUCAAGAGAGACCAACGGAAUAUUGGCACAGGCAGUCAAAGGCAACUUAACAACACUAUUUGGCAACAAUAUUAUUGGGUUAUCCUCCAAAGGCGCACCUAUGAAUUCUGAUGAUUGGAAUGAUUUCAAACUAGCAUCACAAAUUCAUGAUAAAACAAUAACUAAUCAACCAUAUACGGCUGAUUAUGAUCCAGAUGGCGGAAAUCCAAUAGAUUUAAUAACGGGUAUCCCGCCUUUUGUCAUUGGUGUCAGGGCGCAUGAAGGAUUAAAGGACGGAACUGCGACAAAAUUGGUUAGCAUAGCACCCUUUGGGCUCAGUGCCGCACACUGCUGCGCUAAAUUAGUUUCGGAGAUUGAACAUUUAUGGCGAAUAUAUUAA